AUGUCGAAGGCCUCCCAACGCGAAGGAUUGUCGUAUGCAAUUUACACCGCACUCAAUAUUCCGACUGUCACCGCGCAUCCGUCACCAAAAUGUAUUCAAUGGUCACCAGAUGGACAGCUAUGUUUCACAACGAAGAACGCCGCAUAUCUCCUCACCCCCGACCAUGGUAUCAACUUCGACAAUGACUCCGUCGUUCGUUCGACGCCGAGCAAGGAUGACCCAGCGUUGGGAUGGUUUAAAACAAUGAUUCAAACGGACAAGAGCUCGCCGAUGAGAUGGCCUGAUUAUUCUCAAGUCUGGGGUGCAGUUUCGCUGGGUUCAAUCGACAUGGCUCUAAUCUCCGUCGCGAUAUCGCCGAGUGGAUUGUCUGCAUACGGAGGGUGCAUAUUUGCAACUCUGACGUCGAACAUGGACCUCAACCUGUGGACAGCAACGAAGAACUACUUGAAGGGCGAAUGGAUCAAGUUUAGACUUUCGAAAUUGCGCCAUACCUCCCAGAUCGUCUGCAUCGAAUGGACACCACAAGUCGAUUUUGGAAUAACGCCUACGCCCUGCCUUGACGCAUCUUUGCUCGUUCUUGGGAGUCGGGCUGGAUAUCUCACAUUCUUGAGAUAUCGAAAAGGAGAGGAGCCGGAGUAUGUUGGCACGCUUUGGGUCGCCCAAGUAUGGAUUACACAUGUCGCAUUUGCGGGUUGGAACAUCAUCGAACCAGGACAUUAUAAAGGACGGUUAGCGUACGGCACCUCCGACGAUACCGUUGGCUUCGUCAAGAUCACUCAAAAACUCCGCCUUAUCGCAGAUCGAUUUUCGUUUGUACCACGAUACACCAUCGAAACGACGUUCGAACAGGAGGACGAGCAGGUUUACGGCCUGCAUGACAACAAAGGCAUGACUAGCACGAGAUGGGUACUCGUACCAGGUCGAUCUCCCAUCCUCGUCUCGUCAAACCCAGGCCUCAUCAAGCUCUGGUCCGCGUCAUCUCCGACCUCAACCUCAACCUCUGAACCCCAAAACACCUACUGGACAGGCCAACACACCCUCCGCCUCCAAACUCAACGCACCUCGCUUGACUCGUCUGCCUUCCACCCUUUAUCUGGUCUAUGCUACUUGCAAAGCUCGGACACCCUAAUUAUGAGCCUCUGGGACGGCUCCUUCCAUGCCAUACGGGAAUUUGGGUUUGCGGGUGACGGAGGUCCGAAGUGGGGUUCGAGAAAGGAUACUGAAGCUGCGACUGAGGCUAUGGAUGGUGAAAUAAAUGCCCCAGGAUUGACGUGUGAAGGUCUCUCGGCGGUGGCGAGGACGAUGUUCGAGAGGUCGGAGAAGGAGAGCGGUAUCAACAAGUUGGACAUGGUCCGUGUUGCGGGUAUGAUGGGGUAUGACGGGGCUGGGGUUAUGGGUUGGGUUUAUGAAUCGACCCUUCCGUCGGACUUCAGCUACAAGCACGAUGCAAAACACAACGAGAUGCUCGUCGUUGCACGGGUAUGCGAGCAGGCGAUAAAUGACGACGAGCUGCUCUCAAACCUGUCUACUCUCUUGAACAUGGCGAAAACAUCCUCUGCAAUGUCUCCGCUGAACCUCCUCCGGCCAACCCUCCUGCAUCUCCGGAACCCUGUGCUCGUCCAACGUGUGCAUACGCGACUGCUCGAGAUCCUGCGGCCUCCUUGCAUCCCUCCAGGCUCCGGUUCUGAUCCAGCAAACCCAGUGGUGCCAACGCUCCAAGAUGCCGACGAGCUCACCUUCACUCUUAUGGAAGAAAUGCGUGAAGAGUUCAAGAUCGCACUUCGUACGCAUCUUUUUGGCUGGGAUGAAUCGCUUGGGUUGAGAAUGAAGCUUUCGUUGGCUGAUUUCGCUUGGAAAUUGGCCGCCAAUGAGACGAACCAAACGGAGUGCGGCGUCGUCGCUCAGGCUCUUUUGAGCUCGAUCAGCCAAAAGGUGUUGAGGACGCUCAUUCGGCAUGUCACCGCUGUGGUUGGAGCUCUGACAGCCGCCGACCUGCCCUUUGUCUCACGUCUCGUCGUACAGUCGAUGCUGGCAGGCUCGCCAGCGGACAUAACGGAAGAGGGCCGGCAGCUGUCGCUCCUUGUCAGGCCGAUCAUCCAGGCAUCAAAAUCCGGUACCACAGAGGCAACAGGGGGAAAAGAGCAAGCACAGGCGGAGGCGUCAGAUGAGGACAUCGUCAAGCUCCUGUUAGAAUCCUGUCCUGCCUGUGGCGUAGUGGUGCCGUUGGAGGACAUAACGAGUGCGAGGUGUGGGGGCGGGCAUACUUGGGCCCGCUGCUCAGUGACGACCUUCAUCCUCUGCACGCCAUGGGUGCGGACGUGCGUCGGGUGCAGUCGGAAGGCAUUCCUCCCGCCAUCGGCCAUGGCGCAAAGGAAUAAAAAGGUUCAUGACGACGAUGCUGGGGCUGUGAACACUAACUUGAAGUCUAACGACCACUUACCCUCUGUGGCGAGAGGGUGGGUCGUCGAGGAGCUGUUGGAGGCCGUGCAGAGGUGUUUGUUUUGCGGGAAUGCCUUCGUUGGGAUACUUUGA